AUGGAACCGCCUUCAACUGGUACUAGUUCUCCAGGACUUAUCGGUUCAGCGCCGUUACUGCCACCUCCAAUGCUUGGUGCUAUACCACCGCCGAUACCACCAGCUGUUGCUAUGCCUCCCGUUCCUGGUUUGCCAAAUAAUAUGCCUGGUCUUCAACCACCAAUGGGUUUCCCACCAAUUAUACCACCUUUUUCAAUGCCACCUCCAGGAUUUCCACCAUUUAAAGCAGAUAUUGUUGCCCCAGCCCCGGAUAUCACUCCUACAGCAAAUCAGAGCAGCCCAUGGUCAGAACAUAAAGCACCCGAUGGUCGCACAUAUUACUAUAAUUCAGUCACCAAGCAAAGUUUAUGGGAAAAACCUGAUGACUUAAAGACCCCUGCUGAGAAACUUUUAUCAUCUUGUGUUUGGAAAGAGUACACUACAGAUGCUGGAAGAGUAUACUAUCACAAUAUAGAGACAAAGGAAUCUAGCUGGGUAAUACCAAAAGAGCUUCAAGAGAUAAAAGACAGAAUUGCUGCAGAAGAAAUUGCACAAGCUGCACUGAAUGCUGAUGUUCCUCCGGGUGAAGUGCCGCUUCCAAUAUCACCAAACAUAUCAACCUCUGGAAGCUCAGCUUUAGAUGAAGCUAUGGCAAAAACUCUAGCUGCUAUUGACCCAAAUUUGGCUAACAAUAUACCUAUCCCAGAAGAGAUCAAACCAGAGGAAAUAGUGGCGCCUCCAACUGUUAAUGGAUCUGAUAGUAAUGAACCAUCUCCAGAACUACAGUACAAGGACAAAAAAGAAGCCAUUGAAGCAUUUAAAGAGUUGUUGCGAGACAGGAAUGUACCAUCAAAUGCAACCUGGGAGCAAUGUGUAAAAAUAAUUUCUAAAGAUCCUCGCUAUGCAACAUUCAAGAAACUAAAUGAGAAGAAGCAAGCCUUCAAUGCAUAUAAAACACAAAAGCUUAAAGAUGAAAGAGAGGAACAGAGGUUGAAAACAAAGAAGAAUAGAGAAAAUUUAGAGGAGUUUUUGUUAAGUUGUGAUCGUGUCACAUCUUUGACAAAGUAUUACAAGUGUGAAGAGAUGUUCAGCAAUCUCGAGAUAUGGCGAUGUGUGCCAGAUUCAGACCGUAGAGAUAUAUUUGCUGACUGCAUUUACACUAUCGCAAAGAGAGAAAAAGAGGAAGCAAAAACAUUGAAAAAGAGAAAUAUGAAGAUGUUGGCACAGGUGUUGGAAAAUAUGAGUGAAAUAUCUUACUGCAGUACAUGGAGUGAAGCUCAAGUUUUGCUUUUAGAGAAUUCUGCUUUCAAGAACGAUGUCAGCUUAUUGGGAAUGGAUAAAGAGGAUGCUCUUAUAGUAUUUGAGCAGCAUAUAAGAAAUUUGGAGGCGGAGUAUCUCCAGGAGAAGGAGCAGGUUAAGAAAAGAAACAAACGGCAACAAAGAAAAAACAGGGACAACUUUUUGGCACUUAUGGACAGUCUUCAUGAGGAAGGCAAAUUGACGUCAAUGUCUUUAUGGGUGGAAUUAUAUCCAGUUAUUUCGGCCGACAUUCGCUUCUCUGCUAUGCUUGGGCAAAGCGGAUCGACGCCUCUGGACUUGUUCAAGUUCUACGUGGAGAACCUAAAGGCCCGCUUCCACGACGAGAAGAAAGCGAUAAAGGAAAUCCUCAAGAUGAAGGAGUUCGAGGUGACGCCGCACACGACCUUCGAGGAGUUCGCGACGAUCGUGUGCGAGGACAGCAAGUCCGCCUCGUUGGACGCCGGCAACGUCAAGCUCACUUACAACUCACUCCUGGAGAAGGCCGAAGCGCGCAACAAAGAGAAGAUGAAAGAAGAAUCCAAAGCGCAGAAAAAGGUCGAGAGCGCGUUCAAAUGGGCUCUUAGGGAUGCAAACGUAGACCACCAGCUCAGUUGGAACGAAGUUAAAGAGAAAGUGGACCUAAACGCGCCGGAGUUUACGGCCAUUCCCGAUGAGGAAGACCGCAUUAGGAUAUAUAAGGAUUUCCAGCACGAGCAGGAGGACAGCUGCAUGCAUUAUCACCAUCCGAAGUCGCGCAAGUCAAAGAGGUCUAAGAAAAAGAAACAUUCCCGUUCAGUCUCCCCGGCGAAAUCGGGCACGGCGUCACCGCGAUCACCCUCUCCGGCUGGCAGCGCCGCCACAUGGACUUCGGACGAGCGACGCCACAGGAAGCCGAAGAAGAAGCAUCGCAAGCAUUCGCCGCCGCCGAAAUCACCAACUCCAGAAGAGGGUGGCAUAUCAGAGGACGAGCUAACACGUCACAAAAGUAAGAAGUCCAAGCGCAGCGCCCCAAGCAGCGGCGACGAGCAUGAGCAUGCGCACAAGCCCAAGAAGAAGAAGGAGAAGAAAGAGAAAAAAGACAAAAGUGCUGGCACCGGUGUUUGGAGCGACGCGGAGUUGGAGUCUCGGCGAGCCGCUUUGUUGGCUCAGUUGCACGAACACGAGGCUGAC